CCCAUUUCCUGUGGAGUGCUGGUAUGUUAGAGGGAGAACUGGUGUUUACACACACUCCUGCAAAACAAGGCAGAGAGAGAGGGAGAGGGAGAGAGAGAGAGAGAGAAGGACCUCAUUGAUAGUGAUCGUUGGGGCUCUGGAUGGGGGGGCGGUAUUCAGUUUGACAAGGACCAGAGCUGCUGUCUUCUUUGCCCAGUAGGUCACAUCCUUUCACGCAAACUCUGGAGGAUGGAUACUGGGAGGCCUGCCAGCCACCGACACAUUCACACACUCUCUCACACAGAUACAGUCAUAUGGAAACUUCUGUUGUGUGCGCUGGUGACACGAGGUCAGAAAAUUUAAGGUCCUCCCACUCAUCGUGCGCUGAAUGAGCCAGUCCAGCUGGUGGAAGUCCUACGCGGAUCUUUUUGCAUCAGGACGUUCACCGUCUGACCAAGGAGAUCAGCUAACCUUUGAUUAGGACAGGGAUGUUAUCACAGAGUCUGGACAUGUGGUGAUCAUCCUUUGCGUAACAGCGAGCGUUACAAGGUAACACUGGCCUGGAUUUCAGGAAAUCCCCUUAUGGAACAUUGUAUGUGUGAUCUGCCGGGGAUCAGUUUGCGUUCAGAGGAUCAGGGUUUAAUAGCGGUCAGGGGGUAAGCGGGGACAGUAUGUUGGUGAUGCUGGUGAUGGAGGCGACGCAGCUCCACAGUCCCAGCCCCCCUCAGGUAUGACCCAGACCCAGAACCCCUCCUGGAGCUCUCUGGACAGGGGUACGGCUGAUUGGUUCGGGGUGAGCAAAGACAGCGACAGCACCCAGCGAUGGAGGAGGAAGAGCCUGCAGCACUGCAGCCAUCUGUACGGGGGUCUGAAGGCUCAGGUGAUGAGGGAAAUGGAGCUCCACAGCCAGGACAACCUCUCCCUGGCCAGCACUGAGACCCCUCCUCCCCUCUACCUUCCACCCCACCACCCCAGUAACCACCACUAUGGCAUGCAGAGGAUCGUAGACCCUCUGGCCCGGGGUCGUGCCUUCCGCAUGGUGGAAGAGGUAGACGGCUUCAGUGUCCCGCAAACUCCCAUCACUCCCGGCAGCGCCUCCCUCUGCUCCUUUUCAAGCUCCCGCUCCGCCCUCAACCGGCUGCCGCGACGACGCAAGCGGGAGUCUGUUGCUGUCAUGAGUCUCAAGGCUGCAGCAGCACUUAUGAAGGGCCGGACGUUAGGCGAAAGCACCGUUGGACAACAUCGCAGACGGAGUUUCAUGCCUCCUAGUUUCUUUGAAGAUGACACUGUGGAUUUUCCUGAUGAUCUGGACACUUCCUUCUUCACCAGAGACGGCCUGCAGGAUGAGUUGUCCAGCUAUGCGGAUGAGGUUUUCGAGACCCCAUCGGAGGCUGCCCUCAAACAGCUGGAUGAGGGCGAGCUCACAGGAAGUGCGCUGGAUAGGAAUGAACUGGAGAGGAGUCACCUCAUGUUGCCUUUAGAGCGAGGAUGGCGGAAGACGAAGGACGGCUCUCUGGUCCAACCUAAAGUGCGUCUGAAACAGGAGGUGGUGAGCAUCAACAGCCAUCAGCAGCGGGGACAGAGGAUCGUGGUUCCCGUUAAGAAGCUGUUUGCCCGAGAGAAGAGGCCGUACGGGCUCGGGAUGGUUGGUCGUCUCACAAACCGGACGUACCGCAAGCGCAUUGACAGCUAUGUCAAGAGGCAGAUUGAGGACAUGGACAAUCACAGACCUUUCUUUACCUACUGGAUCACAUUUGUUCAUUUGCUCGUCACCAUCCUGGCUGUGACUAUCUACGGCAUUGCCCCUGUGGGCUUCUCACAACACGAAACUGUUGAUUCUGUGUUGAGGAACAAAGGAGUUUAUGAAAAUGUUAAGUUUGUGCAACAACAGAACUUCUGGGUGGGUCCAAGCUCAGAGGCGCUGAUCCACCUGGGAGCCAAGUUUUCCCCGUGCAUGCGUCAAGACGAAGAGAUCCAGAAACUGAUCCAGGAGAAGAGAGCAAGGGAGAGAGAGUCCGGCUGCUGCGUGAGGAACGAUCGUUCCGGCUGCCUGCAGACGUCACAGGAGGAGUGUUCGAGUACCCUGGCAGUUUGGGUGAAGUGGCCUCAGCACCCCAGUGCUCCUUAUCUGAAUGGUGAACUGCGUCAACAUGGUUCUGUCUGCCAUCAGGACCCCAGAAUUUGCCUGGAGCCGGCUUCAGUUUCACCUCAUGAGUGGCCUGAUGACAUUAGCAAGUGGCCAAUUUGUACAAGGUACAACUCUGGGAAUCACACCAACCUCCCCCAUGUAGACUGCACCAUCACAGGCCGGCCCUGCUGCAUCGGAACCAAAGGACGGUGUGAAAUCACUUCCAGAGAAUACUGUGAUUUUAUGCACGGCUACUUCCACGAGGAGGCUACUCUCUGCUCACAGGUGGCUUGUAUGGAUGAUGUGUGCGGUUUGCUGCCGUUUCUCAACCCAGAGAUCCCAGACCAGUUCUCCAGACUCUGGCUGUCUCUCUUUCUUCAUGCUGGGAUCCUGCACUGCCUGGUGUCAGUGUUGUUCCAGAUGACGGUGCUGAGGGACAUAGAGAAGCUAGCUGGCUGGCUGAGAAUCUCCAUCAUCUACAUGCUGAGUGGCAUCACUGGCAACUUGGCCUCAGCCAUCUUCCUGCCGUACAGAGCAGAGGUGGGUCCUGCAGGCAGCCAGUUCGGCAUCCUGGCCUGUCUGUUCGUGGAGCUGUUUCAGAGCUGGCAGAUCCUCGAGCGACCUUGGCGGGCGUUUGCCAAGCUGCUGGCCAUCUCCGUCUUCUUCUUCUCCUUCGGUUUGCUUCCAUGGAUUGACAACUUUGCCCACAUCUGUGGCUUCAUAUCAGGGUUCUUCCUGUCCUUUGCCUUCCUGCCAUACAUCAGUUUCGGGCGUUCUGAUAUGUACCGUAAGCGGGUCCAGAUCUGUGUCUUCCUGCUGGUCUUCCUGGGCCUGCUCUCCGCCCUGGCCGUUCUUUUCUACGUCUACCCUGUGAAGUGUGACUGGUGCGAGUACCUCACCUGCAUCCCCAUCACCGACAAGUUCUGCGAGAAGUACGACCUGAACGCGCAUCUCCUCUGACCGUCAGCCUCUGAAAUGUCAGCUGGACUGUCUCUGGAAGUGCACUGAAGUUGGACCGGAUGCAACAUUUCGGAUGUUGACGCAGCUGAAAAAUCUAUCUGGCUGCAGUGCAAUUUGUGACUGAACAGAAACGUUUCUCCUGGAACAGUGAACAUUCCAGGAUUUUACGUGGACCUACGAAUUUCAAGCGUAUUUGUUGUGCUAUUUGGAAACAACAACAGAACCACAAUGAAUAACGGCUAUGCAUGACAGCCUCCAGGUAUCUAAAAACAUUCUCGUACAUGGGAACAAAACUUGACUGAAAAGGACUAACAACUGAUUUACACAUGACUGAUCUCUAGCUGGGCUAAUCAAUGACCAGUCACACAAGAGAAGAGUUACAAAGGCAACUACUUCCUGCCAAAUUAUUCACCUCUCUUCUUACCUGACUUAACAGCACCCCACAGUGGCCAAAAGGAGCAUUACAACCUGAGGCAGCUGCAGAGGACGAGCUGAGGAUUUUCGUUUUGUACUUUUUGUUUUUUUUUACUGAUGUCCAAACAGUUUUGUCCAUUUAGUGGAUGUUCUUAGAGUUAAAACUCACCAAGAAAUGAGACUCUAAAUGCGUAAAUGUGCCUUACACACAGUCUUUUUGUGCCAUGUAUCAGUUUGUGUCAGCAGUUCUGUAACCUUUGUAGAGACUAUUUCACAAUCUGACAAAAAUCAUGUAAAAUAUGUUUUUACACAGCCUUUAAUGCACUUAUUUCACAGAUUAAUUGUUUGUUUUUUUUAUAUAUUCUCUCCGUGUUACAUGUUGAAGACACAGUUGUAUGUUAAUCUGCUGCAUUGUGAAUAGCUGUUACGGAGGUAAAUUUGCGUUUGUGUAUGUUUUUUUAAAAAUUCAAAGUGGUUGCGUUUUAGCUACCUGACAAUAAACACAACAAAACACAGA